AACCUUCGCUACUUUGUAGUGUUUCUCGAAGCGGCAAUGUUUACGUCCGAGCGGGAAUUUCAUCACGUCGACCGCAACGCCCGAAUGACGUCAACUUGAACUCACGCAAACAUGAAAAACCCACGCAGAACGCGCGCGUAUUACACUCAAGUCACAAAUUUGUCGGGGAGUAUGACCUGCGAAUGUUGUAGGGGAGGGUUGGGACUAAAUGGGCAUGGAGACGAAGGGGAAGUGAGGAGUGUUUUGCAGUUAAAUGCACAGCGAUCGUCUGGACGACAUUUUAUUACGCCAAAACUGACGAUUACUUUAGGCGCUGGAGGAUACUUUUUCAUCCUUUUGGAUUUCCUUUGCUCUGAAGAACAUGUCCUCAUCAAAAAAGCAACUAACCGUAAUUUUUUAAUCAUUUCACGAAUUUUAGGCAAAAUUUAACAUGAACGUAAUAAGUGAAGGCUGAGGUAAGUGCAAAGGACUUCUGCAAUUUAUCAUUCGAUUGCGUGUAGUUCAUUCAUGCGUUCAGCAUUGUAGAAAAAAUUUAACUGCUUUUAGCCAUGAUCACCGGUUCGAUAAAACCUUGGAUUAUCAGUUCCUUAUGCUUAUUCUGUUGGUCACGAAACAGGUUUUAAGUCAUGCCAUGAUUGAUCGAAAAUAAGCCACACGAUUAAGUAACAAAUGAUUUGAACUAAAAUUUACAACAGUUUACUUUACCGUUUUGGUCGUUCUGCUGUACACAGCGAACACAUGUUAUUCUUAUGCUCUAUUGAACCUGUGCUAAAAUCACCUGUUUCACUUAGAGUCAAUGUCCUCCUUGCUAUUGAACGAUUAAAUAUUGAUUGCCAUACAACUUUGACGCUGAUAACAGUUGAAUGGAAUUCGCUUCGGUUUCGAAUUUAACAAAAAAAAAAAGAAUCUUUGGGGAAAUCUCGUUUUAACGCGCCCAUAAUCUUGUUAGAGAAUGAUAAUUUUCAGUUUCUCAUCUCGAAAAUGAAAAAUGCUUUUAUUUCAUUGAAGCGUUGAACACGGACAACAGACGGCCCCAUGAUUAUUCCCGUUUCCGGGAGAACGCGUUUUCACGCAAACCGGAAGUCGGUAUGAAACUCGUGUAAUACACGUUGUAAGCCAUUCACGCUUGACUGGCUAUGACGCAUGCGUGAAGCUCUCCAUUCAUAUGUUCGAGGAUAUAAAUAACAUUGUACUGAACAUUUUCAUAGCACAACAAAGGUCAUUCAUCGGUCGCUUGAAAGGAGUGUCGGAAAAAACUCUCAUUCAUUUUUUAGAAGAACUGGUAAGUUACAAAAUUCGUCUUCUAAAGUUUAGCCAAGAAUUUACCGCUGUCUUAGUUAAAGCCAACCACAUUCAGCGAGAAAUUACGUGAGUCAAUUUGGACAAGCACGCACGUAUUUCAUGCGUGUUUUGAUUCCGUUGAAUAGAACGUUCUUUUGAAACAAGUCGGGACGCUCGAAAAAUUUUUGACCGGAGGAAAAGUUGUGAAAUCUUGACUCUAAGAAAGUUUGAAUGAUAGGAAGAACUUAGAACCAGUGAUCAACCCGAGAAACCUACUUGAGAAUAUUUACAAGAGUGCGUCAAGCCUCCACGUUGGAUCCUUUACAUCCCAGUUACACUUCUCUCUUCUACUAUCCCUUUCUCGACAUGGGAUCAAGAAUAUCGGCCGUGAAAAGGAACGACCACAAUGACAAUAGACAAGGAGUUUAUAAAUCGCUCAACGUCUUUCAAGAAGAAGAUCGGGCUAGAGACUUGGCGAGACCAGAAAAAUUAGACAUUUUACUCGAUCGUCCUCCUCUACCGGAAGAGGCUUUGUCAGAACAUGCUUGGAACCCGAAUGAUCGAUCGGUGAACAUUUUCGUCAAGGACGACGACCCGUUUACCUUUCACAGACAUCCAGUAGCACAGAGUACGGACUGCAUACGAGGAAAAAAGGGUUAUAGUCGAGGAUUUCAUGUCUGGGAGAUUCAGUGGUCAACACGACAACGUGGGACACACGCAGUGGUAGGGGUAGCUACAUCAAAAGCCCUUCUUCACUGUACUGGCUAUCAAUCGCUGGUCGGCAACAACGAGGAUAGUUGGGGAUGGGACAUUGUUAGAAACAAGCUUUACCAUAACGAAAAGAACGUUUCGUCAGUCAAGUAUCCAGUUUUGUCAGACAAUGAUCAUAGCUUUGUGGUACCUGACAAAUUUCGCGUUAUAUUGGACAUGGAUGAAGGAACUAUGGCUUUUGAAACGAACGAUGGACGCUAUUUAGGAGUUGCUUUCCGUGGAAUGAAAGGGAAAACUGUAUAUCCUAUAGUCUCAGCCGUUUGGGGACAUUGUGAAAUCACUAUGAAAUACAUCGGUGGACUAGAUCCUGAACCUCAACCACUGAUGGAUCUGUGCCGACGUACAAUACGCAAAUCCAUUGGAAAAGAGCACCUAACAAAAGGAAAUGUAGAAAAGCUUCCCAUUCCAGUUCCAAUGAAGAAAUACCUAUUAUACCAGCAAGGCUGGUGACAAUCAGCUUCAUAGAGUUUAAAAUGCAAGCAAAAAUUGUGGCAGACCGUGUCAGGGUGAAACAUUUCCAAGCUAGUUUUUACCCAUUUAUCUCUGAAAGAGAAGCCAUGAAAACAUCCUUUGAAUUAGGGUUAAUUAUAUUUAUUAAGGUUUUUUUUCUAAGGUUAUUUUUCAGGGUAAUUUAAUUAUGUUCACAAGAUUAUGUGAUUGUCUUGGAAUUUAAAACCAACAAGGGCAACUAUGUUUGUGUAGUAGGAGAACGUUUAUUUUAUUCCAACCAUUGAAUAAUCUUUUUAUGAUACAAAAAAUGAAACAGAAACAAAUGUUCAAAUCAAAGACUAUAUACCUACUCAUACAAGAAAGAAAAAACAGCCUUAAUUUUUUAGACUUUCUUUUUUUAAAAAAAGAAUCUUCAAAGGUUGAAAUAUGUGGCACAGAGUUUCUUAAUUAAUAUUAUGAGAAAUGUCUUUGCCACUAGUUUAAGUUGCACCCUUUUUUCAAAGAAAUAACUUUUUACAAAUAAGUUUUAAAGUUUUAAAGAUUUGAAACAGCUCAUACUGGUGUAAAUAGCAGUUAAACUUUUCUUCAAAGUUAAACUUAUUUAUUGGUGAAGCCAUCCCUCGUAUACCACAGAAUUUGAAUUGCAUUUUCACCAUGAUAUAUAACAUCCUUUAAGACAUCUAAAGAGUCAAAUUUAGUUGGGAAAAUUUAAUUUAUUUAUCGAGAAUUAUACUUCAUUGCCCUAAUUUUAGGGAGUGACUAAAGAAUGUAAAAUACAAGACAGAAGUCACCUAAUUAUUUAUUUGCACUAAUUUUUUGCUUAGGUUGAACUAAGCAACAUUACAAAUUGAAUAUUGAGGAUAAUUUUGCCAUUACUAUUAUUGACAGGAAUUUGACUCUUUGGGCCGGUCUGUUGUAAUUUACAGUUAACAGUUUUAAUUGAUACAAACAGUGGUUAAUUGAUUCCCAUAUUUUUAGCAUUUAUCUCUAACUUCCUGGAAGCAAUUAAACUUCAUAUAAAUAAAUUGUUGGAAAAUUCAGAUGGAAUUUUGUUUUCUCCCUAUCAAAGCAGUAAAUCAUGUUCUGUUUUUAGCAAGGAAGAUUCCAAAUUUUCGUGGCUUCACCUUUUUUUAGUUGCUAAUUGUAUUGAGUGAUUUUAUUUAUUUGUUAUGAUUAGUUAUAAGGAACUUAAUAGUUAGUAUAUUUAUAACAAUGUUCUAUUGGAAUACAUGUCCCACUUAUACUUUGCGUUAAAUGCAGUGUUACGUCAUAAGCAAUAAAAUUCAACAAAUUUUAAAGAUA